GAAAAACGUCGUCUGCAAUUUGUUGUAGCAGCAUUCCUAAGCGUUGGAUCUUGGAAAUUCAUCGAUGCUGCUAAUGCCUAAUGCUGAACGGUGCAUUGGAAUAGACUGCAUGACUUUAACGAAGGGUACUAUGUAUAUAUAUGAGAUCUGCUCAAAGAAGAAUUGAAAAAUAGUGAAGGUUCAUCAAUGUUUUCACCAUGCCUGGAGAUUCUAGAAAAGAUUUUAUUCUUGUAACAGUGGCAAACUAUUUUGCUGUGCCCAUCAAUGACACAGCCAUUACAAACUUGUUUAAUGCACAGCCCCUCAAUGGGUUCCUAGAUGAUGGAAACAUUUCAGUUCUUGCUGGCAAGAUUGACCAGAGAGGUGGAAGGAAGAUUGAUUUACAAAAUCAAAUUGACCAAGGGGACAGCAAGGAGAGAGUAAUUGUAUUCUUCAAAAUCAAGCCAGAUGUGAUCACCCCUGAUAACACACAUUCCAACAUCAUUGUUUCGUCAAUGAUAGACUCUCCUCUCAGCACACUCUACCAUGCUCUGCAGAAGGUUUAUGCCCCACUGCUGCUGGAGGAUACAAAGUGGAGUAAGGUCAUUGACCCCAAACUGCAGGGUCUUCUAAAUGAGCUGGAGGUUGGCCUGGGCAGCACUCUUCGAAAGCAAGACCCUUCCUUUCGUGGCAGAGUAGGGGAUGAUGACAGACUAGGAGGUAUCCUGACACCCAUGGAUGAAUUUCAGUACUGGGCGGAAUUGUCCAGGUCAGGUGUACAGUCAGAGUUGAGAGAAGCAGCAGAGAACUAUGUGGAGCUGUUUAAACCCAUUUCAAAGGAUUUUGGUGGCCUGGAUUCCUUGGCAUUGUCUGAUGUGAUAGAAUUGGUGGAGAUAACCCAGGACACACUGGAUGAUGUGUGGAAGCAGAGUGAUCCCCCUUUUGCUGAAGCUAGAAUGAGGCAUCUCUUAGAUGUUAUUGCGGGGUCCUUUGGAAGGUAUGUUCAGCGAAAGCUGUCUAAUGAAGACCUUUGGCAGGGUCAGUUUAGCAGUGUGCGAGAAGCUCUGAGAAUGGGAAUCACUAUCUGCGAUCGUUGGACAAUAGCAUGUGAGACUCUCACAGUCCAGUUCUGGAAGAGACUGACGCAUCAUCCAUGGAAGGGAGAGAAAUUUUCUCCUGAGACACUGAAAAAACUGUCUGAAAGACUUGAAGAAAUUCUGUCCCUGCGUACCUUCCAUGAGCAAGUGCUCCAUCUGCUGACAGAUUCAGAGCGAAGGGAGCUUCAUGCUGUUGACGCCUUUAACCCAUUCCUGGGGCUGAACCCAGUGCAGUACAAUCCCUAUACACAGCCUCUGUGGGCUGCUGCUGUCGCACAGUAUGAGCGUGCCAUGGAGCCUGCCCAGCAAAAGGUUGCUGGCAAACUGCGCACCCAGUUUCAGGUCUUGGAUGGAAACCCACAGCAAUUACUGAGAGAGUUUCAGAGAUUCAAAGAGCUUAUUAAGAGGCCUGCAAUCAGGAAACUGAUGGUAUCCGAAAGAGAAACACUACUGGGUCAGCUUAUGGUGCACGUACGACAAAUUAGUGAGGACUUUUCCAUCCGCACAGGACAUAGAGGUGGCAAGGGUGUACCCAAGGGAAAGAAUCUGCCUGAUGUUGUCAACAACAUUGUUUAUGUUCGGCAGCUCGAAGCAAAAAUUGAUGAGACUUUGAUGACUGCAGAAACUCUUUUGGGCGAUCUGAAUGGGUUUGAGAAAUUUGGCAAAGACACAAGAGAACUAAAAGAAGAGCUGCAAAACUGGCGGCGAGAACAGUUUGAUGAGUGGUCACGGGAAAUGCAGGCUUUGAUAGAUGACCCAAAGCAACCACUCAGUUUAGAGACACAUGGUCGUCUCAUGGAGCUGAAUCACAAAGAUGGGAAGAUGAAAGUGAAUUACAGUGAACGACUGGUCACUCUGCUCCGGGAAGUUCGGCAGCUAGGAUCUUUGGGGUUUAGCAUUCCUUCCAAGAUUCAGACUGUUGCUGCUACUGCACAGAAAUUCUACCGCCAUGGUGUCAUUCUCAAACAGGUGGCUCACUUCUACAACACUAUUGAUCAGCAGAUGAUUCCCAGCCAGCAGGCAAUGAUGCUGGAGUCUGCACUGGCCUUCGAAAGACUUGUGAAGAAUCCCAAGUCAGGAGUGAAGAGCAAGGCAGAUGAUGUGCAGGUUACCUGGGAUAACCCUGAACAACUUGAGGCAUACAUAAGGAAACUGCAGGCUGCAGCUGACCAACUGACAACAGAAAACAGGAAGCUGAGGAAAUCCCACUACAUCGUGUCAGAGAAGGUGCAGCAGUUAAUGGCCAUAGAUCUUUUAAGACAGCAGCAACGUUGGAAGGAUGGGCUGAUGGACAUUCGUCACCUUAUGGCCAGCCUAGUAGAACAGGGCUUUGCUAGUGACAACAUGAAGCCGUGGCGAGCUCACUGGGACCGACAACUUUACAAAGCAUUGGAGCAUCAGUACCAGAUGGGCCUAGAGGCUCUUAAUGAAAAUCUGCCUGAGAUCAGGGUGGAACUUACCUACAGACAACAAAAGCUGCAGUUCAAGCCACCAUUUGAAGAGAUCAAGGCCAAGUACUUCCGAGAGAUGAAGAAAUUCAUAAGUAUUCCCAGUCACUUCAGAGGUGUUGGGGAAGGUGUAGAGAACCCUAUCUUUCCAGCCAUGAUUGAUCGCAAUGCAGAAGGCUUUGUAACUUGUUACAGGAAGGGUGCUGUGCUGUUUAAACGCCUGGCAGCUGUCGUGGAUCAGUUUAGGGACUGGGUGGUGCUGGGAGCCUUGGAUCUGGAGCAGUUUGUCGCAGAGCAUCUUGUUAAUCUAGCUGACUGGGAACGCAACUUCCGAGCUCUCAAAGCUCGAGGACGGGAUGUUGAAAAAUUACCAAGUGAAGCAAAGGUGGACUGCAUCAUUGUGAACCUGAUGCCGGUCAAAGCUGCUAUUGAUGAUCACAUCCAACGUCUGUUUGAUGCGUUGCUCAGCUCACUGCGCAAAUCUAUUAGUGCUGAUGUUGCUUCCAUCGACAGCUUUAUCACUGUGGCCACAGAGACACUGUCACAGCGACCACAGACAGUGGAAGAGAUUGGCCAGGCUAACGCCCAACACGUGGAGUAUGCCACAAAGAGACGUGAGGUGAAACCCUUAUUUGAGAAGGCUGAAGCCAAAAACAAGCUUUUGCGGUCAGUAGCAGGAGGUGGCGUGGACUCCCUGAGCCAGCUUCAAGGCCGCUGGGACAAAUUUGAGCUCAUGAUGGAAAGCCACCAGUUGAUGGUCAAAGAACAGGUGGAGGUGAUGAAGAACAAUGUCCAAGCCCGUGUAGCAGCCUUUCAGCAAGAUGUAGAGAAGUUUGCAGCUAGAUGGCAUCAACUCAAACCAGGGAAUGCCACAUUGGAUGCUGACAAGGAGACCUGUGACAAGGCUGUCUCUGUCAUCAGAGAUAAGCGACUGGAGUUUGCAGAACUGGAAAAGACUCGUGCUACACUGAUAUCCGACUGUCAGCACUUUGAGCUGAAAGAACCAGACUUUGUGGCUGUUGAGGAGCUGAAGCUGGACAUAGAGCAGUAUGAAGGCAUGUGGUCGCUGUAUGAGGAGUUCAAUGGAGGGCUUCAGGACAUGGCAAAAGAAGACUGGAUCUCAUUUAGAUCUAAGACCUACCUGUUUGAAGAGUUCUUGGGUGGCUGGUAUGAAAAGUUGAAAACUCGAGCAACAACCACUAUGACUGUGAGACUUCAGAGGGAUAUCGACACUUACAAGAAUAUCCUGCCAGUCCUGAAAUGGGUCCGAGGGGAGCCUCUGUCACAGGAUCAUUGGAUGGAGCUAUUCCGACUGCUGCAGAUGCCCCGUGGUACCACACUGGAAAAACUUACAUUUGGAAACAUCUUGGCUUCCAGUGAGCUCAUCAUAAAGAAUGCUGAGACACUAAAGGAGUUGAACCAAAGGGCUCAAGGGGAGGUGACCAUUCGUGAGGCCAUAAGGGAGCUAGAAUUGUGGGGAGCAGGAGCAAUGUUCUCCCUUACUGAAUAUGAAGACAGCCACAAGAAGAAGCUGAACAUCAUCAAAGACUGGAAAGAUUUGGUUAACCAGGUUGGUGACAAUCAGAGCUUACUGCAGUCUCUGAAGGACUCCCCAUACUACAGGAGUUUUGAAGACAAGGCAUCUGUAUGGGAGCAGCGCCUAGCUGAUUUGGAUGAAUAUCUUCACAACCUCAACCAGAUCCAGCGCAAAUGGGUGUACCUUGAACCGAUCUUUGGCCGUGGUGCUCUGCCUAAAGAGCAGGGACGCUUCAAGCGUGUGGAUGAUGAUUUUAGGACCAUCAUGAAAGAUGUAAACCGUGACAACAGAGUGCUGUCGCUGGCCACCCAGACUGGACUGCGUGUCCUCCUAAACACUAUGCUGGACCAGCUGGGUCGCUGCCAGAAGUCUCUCAAUGAGUUCUUGGAGGAAAAAAGAUCCUUGUUUCCACGGUUCUACUUUAUUGGUGAUGAUGACCUGCUGGAGAUUUUGGGACAGUCUACCAAUCCCACUGUCAUCCAGUCCCACCUCAAGAAGCUGUUUGCAGGCAUCCACAGUGUGGAGUUUGAUGGCGACAACCAGCACAUUAUGGCCAUGAAGUCUCUAGAUGGGGAGGUGGUGUUACUAAAGCACAAAGUCAAAAUUGUGCAGGAGGUAGAGGUGUGGCUAGGCAAGCUGGCUGAGGAAAUGAAAGUCACUCUACGAGAGCUGCUUAAAGAUUGUUUGAAAGAUGCAAAGUCAAGCCGUGGAGGACUUGAUCCUAACCGCUACCCAUCCCAGAUCUUGUGCCUGGCAGAGGGAAUCCGAUUUUCUGAGAACUGUGAGGAGGCCAUCAAGAAAGGAAGACUGCGUGAGCUGUUCAGUGAGGUGGAGGGUCAGCUGGAUUUUUACACCAAUGUUGACCUGGGAGGAGCAACUGAAGUAGAGGCUGUUGUACUUGAACUUAAGUUGAAAGCCCUGAUUCUAGACACCAUCCACAGCAUGGAUGUGGUGCAGCAGCUAAUGGAAGCUAACAUUCGUGCCACUACACAGUGGCAGUGGCAGAAACAACUCAGGUAUUACCUCGAUAAAGAUGGACUUUGCCGAAUGCGCAUGGUGGAUGCAGAAUUUGAUUAUACAUAUGAGUACCAAGGCAAUGCCCAGAAGUUGGUGCACACCCCACUCACUGACAAGUGUUAUCUGACACUUACCCAGGGAAUGCACAUGGGCUUGGGAGGAAAUCCCUAUGGUCCAGCUGGAACAGGCAAGACUGAAUCAGUCAAGGCCCUGGGUGGUCUUUUUGGCCGUCAGGUGCUUGUGUUCAACUGUGAUGAGGGCAUUGAUGUCAGGUCCAUGGAACGCAUUUUCAUCGGGUUGAUCAAAUGUGGAGCUUGGGGCUGUUUUGAUGAAUUCAAUCGUCUUGAAGAAGCAGUACUGUCAGCAGUGUCAAUGCAGAUUCAAGUCAUUCAGGAUGCCAUCAAAAACAGGGUCCCCUCCAUUGAAAUGCAAAGCAAAACAGUAAACAUUGACCACAACUCUGGCAUAUUCAUCACUAUGAACCCAGCAGGUAAAGGUUAUGGAGGACGUCAGAAGCUGCCAGACAAUCUGAAGCAGCUCUUCCGCCCUGUGGCUAUGUCUAAACCUGACAAUGACCUCAUUGCUGAGGUCAUUCUCUUCUCAGAGGGCUUCAAACAUGCAAAGAGUCUGGGGCGCAAGCUGGUGGCCAUUUUCAAUCUAUCCAGGGAACUGCUGACUCCUCAACAGCACUAUGACUGGGGUCUUCGUGCACUCAAGACAGUUCUCAGAGGCUGUGGAAACUUGCUUCAGAAUUCCAAAAAAAGUUCUAAUGGAGGCAAGAUUGAUAGCAACCAUGAGGCGAAGUUGGUGGUGCAAGCCUUGCGCAUCAACACAUUGUCCAAGUUGACCUUUUCUGACAGCACUCGCUUUGAUGGGCUAGUGAAGGAUGUAUUUCCAGGCAUAGAGUUCAAGGACAUUGAAUAUGAGACUCUUGCAGAAGCCAUUAGGUCCAUCUGUGUUGAGUCAAACCUUAUUGUUAAUCAGAAUCAAGUGCGUAAGGCCUUGGAACUGUACGAGCAGCUGCGACAGCGGAUGGGAGUGGUUGUGGUGGGGCCGAGUGGCUCUGGGAAAACCAUAUUAUGGCGAGUCCUGCGGCAGGCCAUGAUAAAAGCUGGACGGCAGGUUAAACAGUAUGUCAUGAACCCCAAGGCCAUGCCUCGCACUCAACUGCUGGGUCAUAUAGACAUGGACACGCGUGAGUGGACUGAUGGUGUCCUCACAUACAGUGCUCGCCAAGUAGUCAGAGAACCCAUAGAUGUGCAGUCAUGGAUUGUAUGUGAUGGCGACAUUGACCCAGAAUGGAUUGAAUCACUCAACUCUGUGCUGGAUGACAACAGGCUGCUUACAAUGCCCUCAGGGGAGCGAAUUCAGUUUGGCCCCAAUGUCAACUUUCUUUUUGAAACUCAUGAUCUAAGCUGUGCUUCUCCAGCCACCAUUUCAAGAAUGGGGAUGAUUUUUCUCAGUGAUGAAGAUGUAGAUGUCAAGGCUCUGAUACAGUCCUGGAUCAGCAGACUACCAGAACAGCAGCAGCAGAGGCUGAGUGGCUGGAUAGAGGACUGCUUUUACAAAGCUCUCACUUGGGUCCUGAAACAGAAUGAUACAGUGGUGGAGACCAGCAUGGUCGGGAUGGUCUUAAAUGGCUUGUCUCACCUACAUAAUGUGCAGUCCAAAGCCCACUUUGCUGUCUCUCUUAUUCAUGGCUUAGGUGGCAACCUCAACGAAGCAUCCAGGGAAAUCUUUGCUAAAGAGGUGUUUUCGUGGAUUGGAGAAUCGCCACCAGAUAACCGAAGACCAUUAGAUACAUAUUAUGAUGACACUCUGGGUCGUCUGAUGACAUACACCAUGGAGGUUCGCAGAUAUUUUGUUGGGAAAGAGAAUGCUGAGAGUGUGACAGUGGAGCAGUUUAGCUCACUGUCCUCUCUACCUGUGGUGCGCACCAGUGAUGUUCAGCGCAGCCUGGACUACUUCAUGCCCUGGCUUGACCCCGACAACAAACAGCCUUUCAUCAUCGUGGGACCAGAAGGCUGUGGCAAGGGCCUGCUGUUGCACCACAGCUUUCAAAACUUGCGCUCCACUCAAGUGGCUAUGGUGCACUGCAGCGCCCAGACUGGCCCAUCUCAUGUGCUGCAGAAGCUGGGCCAGACCUGCAUGGUGCUCAACACCAACACUGGCCGUGUCUACCGCCCCAAGGACUCAGAGCGCCUCAUCCUGUAUCUCAAGGACAUCAACUUGCCCAAGCCAGACAAGUGGGGCACAUGUCAGCUCAUUGCCUUCCUUCAGCAGGUCGUGACAUAUAAUGGAUUCUAUGACUCUAACCUGGAAUGGGUGGGACUAGAAGGAGUUCAAAUAGUGGCCAGCAUGAACGCUGGCACCAGCCUGGGACGGCACAAACUCACUUCCCGCUUCACAUCUGUUGUCAGGAUCUGUAAUGUUGGAUACCCUGGACUUGAGCAGCUACAGUCUAUCUAUGCUGCAUACCUCAAACCCAUCCUACACCGACAGCUGGCUCAACACCCAGUCUGGGGAUCCAAGUCCAAGAUUCAUGCUCUAGCUGGCUCCAUGGUGCAACUGUAUGAACAGUUAAGGGUACGUUUUACAGUGGAUGACUACAGCCACUACUUGUUUACUCCUCGUGACCUGACUCGUUGGGUGGUCAGCCUCUUGCGAUAUGAUCUGAAUGCAGGCUCAAAGGAGAACACUAAUGACCACCUUCUUGAGAUCUGGGCUUAUGAGGCUCGCAGGUUAUUUCGUGAUCGAAUCGUGGGAGCUGACAACCAGAGCAAGUUUGACAACUUGCUUAUGUCUGUCAUACGCAGUGACUGGUCGGCCAACAUCUUUGAAAAUAUAGACAAGACAUACUUUGUGACAUGGGGAGCACGAACGGAUACAGGUGCUCCGGCAUCAGGUGCAGGUGCACCUUUACCUCCCUUUGGCAAACCACUGGGCAAGCUAUCUCCAAGUGAUCUUCAGUCAGUCAUUGAGAGAGGCAUCAAACUCUACAGCAGGGAGAACCGGGAACUUGACAUCUUGGUCUUCAAAGAAGUACUGGACAAUGUGGCCUGUGUGGAUCGUGUCUUAACCUCCCCAGGUGGAUCUUUGCUGCUGGCUGGUCAGAGUGGGGUGGGUCGCCGCACGGCAGUCACAGUUGUUGCACACAUGCACCAGAUGCAGCUUUUUACUCCGAAAAUCUCUCGUAGCUAUGGUGACAAGCAGUUCAGGAGUGAUCUCAAGCAGGUGAUGCAGAUAGCAGGCCUUGAGGGCCAGCAGGUUGUUCUGCUGCUGGAAGAUCAUCAGUUUGUGGAGUUGCAGUUUUUGGAGCUCAUCAACAGCCUUCUCUCUGCUGGUGAGGUCCCUGGCUUGUACAGCCCUGAGGAACUAGAGCCACUCUUGUCUCCCCUUAGAGACAUGGCAUCAGAAGUGGGUUUUCGGGGCACUCUCAUUAACUUCUUUGCAUCACGUGUUCGAUCUAAUCUGCACAUUGCGUUAAUCAUGGAUUACACAAAUGUAAACUUCAUUCUCAACUGCGAAUCAAACCCUGCUCUGUACAAACAGUGCUGUGUCCAGUGGAUGGACGGCUGGAGUCAAGAGAGCAUGGUCCAUGUUCCUAGAAUGCUGUUGACACGGCCUCCCAAAGUGGAGGGGGGGUCAAUAGGGGAGUCCCAGCAAAAGAAGCGCAAGCUGUCUGGUGGAGAGGAAUUACUCAAGAGCUUCCUGCAUGUCCAUGAAUCUAUGGGAUCUACCAGUGCCACACCACUGCGCUAUCUCACUUUUCUGCGCACAUAUGAGAAAGUCUACAGCACCAAGAAACUCAAUCUAGAAGCAAAACAGAAACAUUUGCAGGCUGGUGUGUCCAAGCUAAAUGAUGCCAAACAGCUUGUAGAUGAGCUGAAGCGCAAGGCCAAUGAACAGAGUCAGCUGCUAGCGGAAAAGCAAGCAGAAGCUGAUGCAGCACUGAGGGAGAUCACUGUCAGUAUGCAGGAUGCCAGUGACCAGAAGAUUGAAAUGGAAGAACUGAAGAAGAGUGCAGCAGAAGAAAACAAGGCUCUGGAGAAGCGUAAAAAGGCCAUUGACCAGGAAAUGGCAGCAGUGGAGCCUCUUGUGCAGGAGGCUCGACGUGCUGUUGGGAGCAUCAAGCCUGAGUCCAUUUCGGAGAUCCGAGCCCUACGAGCUCCACCAGACAUCAUUCGUGAUAUCCUGGAAGGUGUGCUGCGACUAAUGGGCAUCUUCGAUACCUCUUGGGUCAGCAUGAAGAGUUUUCUCUCCAAGCGAGGAGUGAAGGAAGACAUCCAGACGUUUGAUGCCAGAAACAUAACCCCAGAAAUCAGAAAGAGUGUUGAAGAGCUGCUACUUAAGAACAAGGAUUCCUUUGAUUCAAAAAAUGCCAGGCGAGCAUCACAGGUAGCAGAGCCACUGGCUGAAUGGGUCACAGCCAACAUCAAAUAUUCAUACGUCAUUGAGAAAAUUGAACCCCUGGAAAAAGAACAAAAUGAACUUCGCAAGAAUCUGGAGCAUGCAGAGUCACGCAUGGCUCGCCUGAGUCAAGCCCUGGGAGAGGUGGAUCGCAAAGUGUCCAUGCUGCGUUCUCGCUUUGAGAACCUGACAAAGGAAGCAGCAGAGCUCAAGAUUAAGCUGGACAAAGAAAACGAAACCAUCCAUGCAGCAGAAACUCUGGUGUCAAAACUUGAUGGAGAGCAUCAUCGCUGGAACAUGCAGAUGGGGGAAUUCUCACAAGAAUUACAAGAGUUGCCUAGGCGUGCACUGCUUGCUUCUGCCUUCAUCACCUAUCUGGCCUCAGCACCAGAAGAUCUACGGCGUGAGCGCAUCAAGGCCUGGAUGGAGAUCGUGGGUGUGAGUCAGUUUGACUUGCGGCGGUUCCUGAGCACUGAGAGCGAGCAGCUUAUGUGGAAAGCUGAGGGUUUGCCCUCUGAUGAGCUUUCCAUGGAAAAUGCUAUGGUCAUUUUACAGAUCAAUAGCAUUCCAGUUGGGAGCUCCUUAAGGCCUUUUCUGGUUGAUCCCUCAUCACGAGCAACAGAGUGGCUGAAAACGCAUUUGAAGGAGCACAGGCUUGAGGUUAUUAACCAACAGGACAGCAACUUCAGCACAGCUUUAGAACUGGCAGUCAGGUUUGGCAAAACGCUUAUCAUACAAGAGAUCGACCGCAUAGAGCCCGUCUUGUUUCCACUACUGCGUGGCGACCUGACAGCACAAGGUCCUCGUUAUGUGGUUCAGAUUGGAGAAAAGGUUAUUGACUACAACGAAGACUUCAAGCUGUUUAUGGCAACACGCAACCCCAACCCUGAGAUACCUCCAGAUGCUGCAUCAAUCAUCACUGAGGUCAACUUCACUACAACCAGGGCUGGACUAACAGGACAACUGCUAGCACUGACCAUUCAGAAUGAAAAGCCAGAGCUGGAGGUCCGCAAGACAGACCUACUGAAACAGGAGGAGGAUCUCAAGAUCCAGCUGGCCAAGCUUGAGGAGUCUUUACUUGAGGAACUGGCCAGUGCCAAAGGUAACAUCCUUGAGAACAAAGAGCUCUUGGACUCUCUCAACAAAACCAAAGCAUCCAGCAUCACCAUUAGUGACAGUCUGGAAGAAUCAGUCCGCCUACAGGCUUCACUUGAUGCAGAGCGCAACAGUUACCUGCCCUUGGCAGCCAGUGGCAGCUGCCUUUACUUUGUCAUCAGCGACUUGGCAAAAAUUAACAACAUGUACCGCUUCAGUCUUGCUGCUUUCUUGCGCCUCUUUCAACGCUCUCUUCAUACUGAACAUGAUGGCAGUGGUACAGAAAUCCGCAUCCGCAGCCUGAGUCAACAACUGCAGCGACUGGUAUAUGAGUAUGUAUGCCGGUCGCUGUUCAAGGUUGAUCGCCUUAUGUUCGCAGUGCACAUGGCUCAUGGGACUAAACCAGAGCUUUUCCAAGAUAAUGAGUGGGAAGCAUUCACAGGAAUGUUGGUGGCAGAUGUCAAAGGAGAUCACCAUGCUCCCUCAUGGGUGGAUGAGGAAAGAGCGUCGACUGUUGCUGCGCUAAAGGCCAAUCUUCCCAGGUUGUACCAGCAGCUCAGCUUGGAGGACACCACUUUGUGGUCUAACUUUGCCCGCAGCAGUCAUUGUGAGGAGGAGUUCCCCUCAUCCAUCAGCAAACACUGCACGUUGUUUCAGCAAGUGUUGACAGUGCAGGCAACACGCCCAGAUAGACUUCAGAGUGCAAUGGCCCUGUUUGCAUGCAAAGCUUUAGGCAUGAAGGAGCUGUCUCCACCUAGCAUCAGUCUGAAGACACUGUAUCAUGAGACACUAGCCACAGAACCUGUCCUGGUGGUGAUCUCCCCAGGGGCUGACCCAUCACAGGAGCUGCAAGACUUGGCUAGUGAAAUCGUUGGCCUUGAACGUUAUCAUCAGGUUGCCAUGGGUCAAGGCCAGGCAGAAAUUGCCAUGCAGCUUGUACGUGAGUGUGCAAAUAACGGAGACUGGCUGUGUCUGAAGAACCUGCACCUGGUCACGGCCUGGCUGCCAGCGCUUGAAAAGGAGAUUAACAGCAUGAAGCCACAUAAAGAUUUCCGACUGUGGAUGACAGCUGAGGUUCACCCCAAGUUUCCAACCAUCCUGCUGCAAUCUAGCCUGAAGAUCACGUAUGAGUCUCCUCCAGGAGUGAAGCAGAACCUGUUACGUACCUAUGAAGGCUGGAGCCCAGAGUACGUUGCACGUGGGGGAAACACAGUCAGGUCCCAGGCUCUGUUUGCUCUGGCCUGGUUUCAUGCUGUGGUACAGGAGCGACGAGUAUACAUUCCACAGGGUUGGACCAAGUUUUAUGAGUUCUCACUGUCUGACCUCAGAGCUGGUGCUGAUAUCAUUGACAGGCUGUGUGCUUCAGGACAAGAUGUGCAGUGGAACUUUGUCCAUGGUCUGUUUGAGUUUGCCAUCUACGGUGGUCGAGUGGACAACCCCUUUGACAUGCAGGUUCUAGUGUCCUACCUGAAGCAGUUUUUUGAUUCCAGUGUCCUGAGUCCUCAGAAUAAGAACAAACGCCUUGGACCACUGCAUGUUCCAGUCUCUACCAACAGACGGGACUACCAAGAGGUAAUCAGCAGCCUACCAGAGAGUGAUCACCCUUCCUACUUUGGGCUGCCUGAGAAUAUUGAGCGCUCAGCCCAGCGCAUCAUCAGCUUGCAGGUUAUCUCACAGCUGCGCAUCUUACAGCGAGGGGAUGCCAAGGCCAGUCGCUUUGACAAAGAAGUGUGGGCCAAUCAGCUGGGGCCCAUCCUUAACCUGUGGAAAAAACUCAACCAAGGCCUGCAACUGAUUCAGACAAAGAUAGCCAUUCCCAGCGAGCGGGCUGGCCAUAGCUCACCUAUUCUGUCCUUCUUGCACCUGGAACGAUACAGUGGCAUCAAGCUAGUGCAGAGUGUCCAUGCUUCAUUGGCCGCCCUCUCCAAGGUCAUCAGGGGCACUCAGCUUCUGACGUCAGAAGUGCAGAACCUUGCUGCUGCCCUCCUGAAUCAGGAAACACCACUAAACUGGCUGAGCCAAUGGGAUGGUCCGGAGGACCCAGUUCAGUACCUGAAGGGACUUGUUGCUCGAGCCACUGCCAUUCAGAAAUGGGUUGACCAAGCAGAGAAUGGGACACUCCUUCGUGAUACCUUAGACCUGUCAGAACUCUUCCGUCCAGAUACCUUCCUCAAUGCCCUUCGACAGCAGACAGCCAGAGAGCUACGGUGUUCCAUGGACAACCUGAAGUUUGUUAGCAGCUGGCGAGGAGGCCUUUCUGGUGCCAAACUGCCCAUCAAACUGGGGGGACUGCAGCUGGAGGGUUGCAGCUUUGAUGGCACCCAGCUCUUUGAGAACCAGAGAGACUCACCAAGUGUUUCUGCAAUACCUCCGUGUUUAGUGGCUUGGGUGCCCAAGGAAUCUGCAGAUUCACACCUCACUGGAGAAACUAUCUCUUUGCCAAUCUAUUAUGACAUUACUCGAGACCGCAUUGUCACACGACUGGAUGUUCCUUGUGGUGGAAACAUCAACCAAUGGCUGCAAUGUGGUGCAGCACUAUUCUUGAAGAACCAGUGACCAAGCAUCUUCAUCUGGACUCUUGCAAUCAAGCUUCUGGCAUCUUAGGGAGAACUCCUAUAAGUGCUAUAAACACUUAAGAGGUUGUCUGAUCUCAGUGUAUAUAUUGGAUCUGAUUACUUAAUUUAUCUGGAAUCGGGCUGACUAGUUAAAAAUGAUCUAAGGGAGUUGUAAGAAGGCAGAAAAAAAUGUGGACUGUGCAUUUCAGAAACGUGUCUGAUACACUUGAACAGUUUGUUCAUAGUUACUGUUUUCUGCUCUUCAGCCAAGUCAGGAGCAAUUUGCCUUUAUUACCUGCAGUCUUUUAUGUAUAUUCUUUUGCAGCCAUUUAACAAAGACCAUAUCAGAUGCAAUUAAACAUUCACUUGUCUUGGUUUUUCACCUAAUUGCUUGCAGGAUGCAGAUGUUGCCUAAAAUGCAAUUUUGUUACAAAGUUAACGUAUUGCACAUUGCUGUUACAUUGCUCACAUUACUUUACAUAUCAUUUAAUUUAGCAACAGCACAAAGUUUUCCUUGUUAAAAUAAGAGUAAUAUAUUUCAUAGCUAGCCUAGUCUGUUCAAACACAUGUAAAAAGAUAAGAAACUUUACAGAUUUUAUUUGUGCUACAUAAAAGCCAAAUACUUCACACUGUGUGAUUAUUUGUGCAAGAGGGAAAACCUUUUGCCUUGCAGUGAUUUUGUGCAUUUCAUGGGAAAUGUAAAAAGACAGGCUCUGUUGUUCUGAGCAUUAUAAAAAUCCGUCCUUUCUUAAAUACCUUGUGCCAAGCAUGUUUUACUUUUGUUAAUAAACAUUUGCAUUUGCAACACCA